AGAGCACGUCAGGCGGCGCCAUGCUCAGCGCCCAGGAGCGCGCCCAGAUCGCGCAGGUCUGGGACCUGAUUGCGGGCCACGAGGCGCAAUUCGGGGCGGAGCUGCUGCUCAGGCUCUUCACAGUGUACCCCAGCACCAAGGUCUACUUCCCGCACCUGAGCGCCUGCCAGGACGCCACGCAGCUGCUGAGCCACGGGCAGCGCAUGCUGGCGGCGGUGGGCGCGGCGGUGCAGCACAUGGACAACCUGCGCGCCGCGCUGAGCCCGCUGGCGGACCUGCACGCGCUCGUGCUGCGCGUGGACCCAGCCAACUUUCCGCUGCUAAUCCAGUGUUUCCACGUCGUGCUGGCCUCCCACCUGCAGGACGAGUUCACCGUACAAAUGCAAGCGGCGUGGGACAAGUUCCUGACUGGUGUGGCCGUGGUGCUGACCGAAAAAUACCGCUGAGCCCUGUGCUGCGCAGGCCUUGGUCUGUGCCUGUCAAUAAACAGAGGCCCGAAACA